GUGUGUGUGUUGGAGUGAGCAUGUGUGUGUGUGUGUUGCGUGCCAAGAAGGAAACUUUUCAACUUCCGGCCAAGUGACUUCGAUUUAAUUUCUUUGGCUUUUUUAUGGUCAAGGCAUUUAAUUAAUUUUUACUAUGGCAAUUUGAUUGCCUUUGUCAUCGUCGUCGUCUGGACUUAAUCUGCAGUCUGAGACACCGCCCCCAAACACCCGCCUCAAUUCUCCAGCCUCAAUAGCCAACUUGGGUGAGGGGAAACCAAGAUAUCAAUUGAGGCUAACUAGCCCCGAUCUGAUUCGCUCAGAAUGUAAUUAUACUUUGGAGAAUGUUCUGAGAACACACUGUGAUAGACGAAAAAGUAUACGAAACUUGCAAAGAGAAACGGGAAUCAACUAAAUAAAAUCAAUUCAAUCUAAUUGAAUUUUGUCACAAGAAGCCAAAACACAGACAAACUGUCGACUUUAUCGAUACGAAACUUUUCGGCAAACAUGCUGAACAAUCUUGGGGCCAAUGUGCUGGGCCCCAAGGAUUGUGAUUUACCCAAGGCAGCGUUAACCGCUUUGCAUGCUGGCGUUAAUAGUUUUGGCCAAUUGCCUGGUGCUCCAAAUAUAGCCGAUCUUGGCGGUGCUGGUGGUGGUCCAGGCGGCGGCGGCGGCGGUGGUGGUGGUGCUGGUGGUGGCCCUAGUAUUGGCGGUGUGGCACGACUUCAUAUCACUGGCAGUUUAUGCGAUAGUUCCAAUCCUUUAUCUGCCGCUGGCAGCAAUCACAACACCAACAACAACAAUAACAACAGCAACAACAACAACAAUAACAACAACAUGCAGCAACAGGAUCAGCAUCUGGACAAAAACAAACAGAAACGCCAUCGCACCCGUUUCACCCCGGCCCAGUUGAACGAACUUGAGCGAUGCUUCUCCAAGACCCAUUAUCCGGAUAUAUUUAUGCGCGAGGAGAUUGCCAUGCGCAUUGGCCUAACCGAGUCCCGGGUCCAGGUCUGGUUCCAGAACCGCCGUGCCAAAUGGAAGAAGCGCAAGAAGACCACAAAUGUGUUUCGUACUCCGGGAGCUCUCUUGCCAUCACACGGACUGCCGCCAUUCGGGGCGAAUAUAACCAAUAUAGCCAUGGGCGAUGGCCUGUGCGGCACUGGGAUGUUUGGCGGCGAUCGCUGGAGUGUGGGGGUCAAUCCGAUGACAGCAGGCUUUGGCCAAUUGAAUCAAUCGUCACCGCUCUCAUCUACCCUGAAUAGCGGUCUCAAUUCGGGCAUUAAUAUGGGCAGCUAUCAGCACUAUGGCCUGAAUGCUUUGGGCGACUCCAUGAUGUAUCAGCACAGUGUGGGCGGGGUGAGCUGCGGGCCGAGCGGCUCCCCGAACGCCACCACGCCUCCCAAUAUGAACAGCUGCUCAUCGGUGACCCCACCGCCUCUGUCCAACCAGCCCAAUGCUCCUCAAAAUGAAGUGAAUGGCGAACCCAUGCCAAUUCAUCAACAGCCGCAGCAGACUCACCAACAGCAGCAACAGCAACAACAUCGUCAUUGUCACAACGAUAUAUUGUUUUUCGCAAUAAUUUACGGUCUGAGCAGGAAAGCUCUGGGAAUGCCCACUUGCUGCCGCAUUGUCAUCAGUCUAUGCAAUCACCAACUGAUGGCAGUGGAGGCGCAACCACCACCGAAGAGGAUGUCUGGCGAGGACACAGCAUUGCAGCUUUGA